CUUUUGAUUCUAGUGGGAAACCCUGGACAUGUGGCCUGCAAUCGGAAGGAGCGGAUCUCAGUCUUUUUUCAUAUUCCUCUGAACUGUGGCUGUUCAGUACCCAUAAAAUGGGGAUUAUUAGGUGCCGGUUCAUAUAUUUUCCAUAGAUGGAUGUAUCAUCUGGCAAUUCUUCCUGAGAUCUGGGCAGUAGUGAUAUGAUUACAGGACAAUCCUUUGAAUUUCUAAUGAGGAGGAAGGUUCAUUGAAUUUAAUGGGGCUUUCUCCUGGGUAAGUGAAUAUGGAAUUGUAGCUGUUGAGUGCAAAGCUAUUGUUUCAAACUUCCUAGCUAAAGUGUGUACAGGAUUGCAGCCUUCAGUGGCCAUUUAAAUGACUCUUCAAACCAAAACCAGAGUCAUAUUGGGGGGAGGGGGGUUGAAAAUUAUUUCAAAAUUGAGUCGCAUAGAUGCCUUUUAAAAUGUGAUGUUGGUGACCAAAACAUCUGGGUUUCUUCCAACAUGGCAAGGCUGAAUUAGUGGCUGUGAAAAAAGUAGUAGAUAGUUGGCCAGAGUGGCAAGGAACAAAGAUAUCACAAGUCCUUGAGCCAUGGCAAAAUGUUGCCCUUGCGAUUGAGCUGGAAAGAGUGUGGACUUGGAUCCAGCUGGAUGGCGAAGAUCAAAAAGAGAUUUGUAGCCUCUGAGGAAAAUUGAGGGAACUGCUGUUAUAUUUCUGGGGUUGCUACUAAAAAUGGCUUGUUUCCUCCUUUGUGGCUUGUGCUGGGAAGGUUCUGUGGCUGCCUGGCGGGUGUGGCUUUGGUCCUGCAUCGAAGGGGCUUGUGCUCUCAGAAGUGGAACCUUUAUUUGCUAUCUGGCCAGUUCUCCCGUUUCUUUCCUGGAUCUGUAACUGGCUUCUAGAUUUUCCUUGAGUGCUUCUGGCAGUGGUUUGGACUUCCCAUCUUGACGGCAGGAAGUGAUUAACCUAAGCCUGUUAAGGUUAACUUGCAUCACAACUUUCAAUUCCAUAAACACUUUAUACUAAGAAGGUUUAAAUAAAAAGAAGAAGAAAAAAUCAGUUCAGAUUUCAAAGCUUUUGUCUGAAAAAGAGAAGUGCUUUUCCCAAGUGGAGUACAUAGCUUAUGUGAAAAUUCUUGUAACUUGAUUAUGGCCAACAACUGUCCAAAACUAUCUUGGCCCAGGAGUGCUUAAGGGUUACCUCUUUCUCUGGCUGCGGAAUGGGUCUGUGGCUUUGCACUGAACAUGGGAGGAGGACUCUGGAAUGGCAGCAACACCCUCUCCCACCUGUUUUCCAGAGAAAACAGCCUUGGAUGGGACAGGUUGGGCUCUCGGCCGGGCUUGGCUGUAGCCAGAGAGAGAGAGAGAGAGAGAGACAGCAGGGACUUGGGGGGGGGUAUUGCUGGAGGCCCCAGGCCUGUCUUUUUCUUUUAUGCUGAUUCCAGUCCUUGGAACAACUGUUCCCUCACUAAUGGUGAAACUGCUUCACCAUCCUUCAAGUUUUUCCUCAAGACCAACUUCUUUUGCAAAAGCUCUCUCAGUCAACACUUGUUCACUUUCUCUGCACCUCUGCUAUGACUUCAUCCUGUUGAGGUCUCAGUUCCUGGCAUCUUGCCCCAGCAUAAACAUUCUUUGACUGCCUGAUACAGACGGGGCUUUUGGAAGGUGCAGCAAAAAUAAACUAGUGGAAGAAUGGUCCAAACGGUCAGACUCAGAAGACGAAUCCCAUUUGCCUUUCAGUUGCUGAGGAGAAACAUGGUCUCCCCUCCCUGGAGAAUUGUCCUAGGAAAUGCCUGCAAGGGAGGCUGCCCAGCAGGUGACGUUUGAGCCUCCCCUGGUCUGCGUCUCCCUGGAGGAGCUCACGGAGAAUCCGCAAGGAGCCGGUGGAUGUGGUGAUGGAGAACUACGAGCUGGUCACGUCACUGGGCUACCCGGUUCUCAAACCUGACCUCCUGUCUCGGAUUGAGCGUGCUGGAGAGCAGUGUCUUGGUGAUCAGCUGGACUCUAGCAGGGGGAUUCCAACAGAUCCCUGCCCAGGCUACCGGUUUUUCAAACCCGAGAGUUUAUCGUGGAUUGAACGGUGGGAGGAGCUUGGUGUAACGGACCGUCAGAAGCUGGAGGAAGGCAAGCUGUGCACAGGCUCCUGCCAAGGAGUGGCUGGACGUGGCAAGGCCAUCAAAGAGGAGGAAGGUGGUCAGAAGGGCUUUGUGGCCAGCUUGGAGCGCUACCAGCUCUUCCCCGACAGCUCUAGAGCAGGGCUCUUCCUGGCCCCCAACGCUGCACAGCUGAGAGCCCAGCCCCGCGUCAAGAAGGAAGAAGCGGCCUCGUGCGAGCCGGGCCUCUGUGGUCCCGGGCGCCCCUCCCCGGGCCUGGGCUCAGGGCCGUUUGCCUGUGUUGUGUGUGGGAAGUGCUUCCGGCAGAAGCAGGGCCUCAUCACGCAUGGGCGCAUCCACACCGGCGAAAAGCCCUACCCUUGCCUGGAGUGCGGCAAGCGCUUUCGCCAGCGCCCCAACCUCCUGACGCACCAGCGGGUGCACACAGGUGAGCGCCCCUUCCCCUGCCUGCGCUGUGGAAAGCGCUUCAGCCAGAAGGCCAACCUGGCGGCUCACCAGCGCACCCACGCCGUCCAGGAGGGGCUCAUCACCCCGGAGCCCAAGACGCCGGUGCCGCGGGGGAGCCGCCAGACGGAGAAGCCCUUCCCUUGCAACGUCUGCGGGAAAAGCUUCAGCCAGCGACCCAACCUCAUCACCCACCAGCGGAUCCACACGGGCGAGAAGCCCUUCCCCUGCACCGAGUGCGGCAAGCGCUUCAACCAGCGGGCCAACCUCAUCACCCACCGGCGCAUUCAUUCUGGCGAGCGGCCGUUCCCCUGCGCCACCUGCGGCAGGCGCUUCAGCCAGAAGGGCAACCUAGCGGCACACCAGCGCACCCACUCACAGCAGCGCCCCCAUGCCUGCAGCUGCUGCCCCAAACGCUUCAAGGGCGAGUCAGCCCUCCGCGCCCACCAGAGGACCCACCGGCAAGUCCUGGGUGCGGAUGCGUUGACCAGCACCCUCUUGGCAGCUCCCAGCCUCCAGCAGGCUCUCCCUGGUGAUCCAGCCUCAGCUGCACAGAGGGCAACGCCAGCCACCCGCCAGGAUCUGCCAGGGGAUCCUGCUCCGGGUGUACACCGAGCCGGGCAGCAGCAGCAGCCGCCGCCGCACGGGGCUCCUCAUGGGCAGAGUCUUCCUGCAGACCCUCCACCUGGUCCACACACAGCCGCUGUUCCAACUGGGCACCUCCAGGGAGUGGCCCCCGGCUCGGACCAAGGGCCGAAACUCAGCGCCCCCCCAGCAGUGAUGGAUCCCCAUGCCGAGAUGCUUCAUUGCCAGCGCCGUCUCAGCCUGCCCGCGCUUCCCGUCUCCAGUGCGCAUUCCGUGGUUCCCAUGGGGCAGCCCCAGCCAAUCACCUCCAAGCCGAAGAGCGUUGCUGGCCCGAGCGAGAUGCUUCACUGCCUGUGCCACGCCAGCAGGGCCUCCUUGGUCAUUCCCCACCCACCGCACCUGGGGCAGCUCCAGCCAGGGAGCAGAGAUGCCCCUGGCCGAGCCUGGCUGGGAAUCCCUUGCCCGACGCGUACCCUUCAACUCCAGCAGGGGGCGCAGAGCCAUCCAGGAGCUCCCAACCCGAGACUCUGUUCGAUCCCGGACUCCCUGCGAUAGCUUUCCUCCCCGAGGAUGGGCGCUGUGCGAGCACAGACUGUGUGGGGCCUGGGCAUGAUUUCUUGACUCCCCACUUGUAGCCCUUUGGGGCAGGCAGUGGGGCUCAUGCAUGUAUCGUGGACAGGAGAGCCCUUGGCCUGCACUGACCCCCAACUCUCGAGACACCUGCGAGAAUCCUCUCUUUGUUCCUGCGCCUCCUGGCAUACGACCCACCAGAAAAGAUCAAUGUUUUGCAGGGACACCCAGCAUAGAGUGGACACUCUCCUCGCGAAGCUUUCACAUGCGGGGGAGCCUGCAGCUCGUGGGGUGUAUUGUGCCAAGUGUAUUCCUGCAUCCCAACAACCCCCUUCAUGUACCGCAUCAUCGUUCCCCCCCCCCCCCGGAACCAGCAGAGGGAAGAACUAGAUGGAACCCUUCCACCCAGAAUCUCAGCAUCUUUGCAGUGGAAAUCUGUCUCCCCAGUGAGAGAAAGAGGGACCCAGAAGGAGGCACUGUCUCCAGUUCCUGGGCUGGUGGUCAGCAGUGUUGCCGGUGUGCCUGUUCCAGGUUUCCUGGAGAAGAUGACUCUGUGGGACUGCCUUCCUUCAGCAUGGCCCUGUUGUGAACCUAGCAAACGACAGCCAGGAGCUUCUCUUUGGGGGUGUAGAGGCAGCGGGUGCAGGAGAGAAAAACAUCCUGUACAAAUAAGUGGGAGAUGCCUUAGUUGCAGUGCCCCACAGGGCUGGUGGGAGUUUUCUAGCACGCAGGAACGACGACGUUGGCGUCAGCCUGUGUGCUCUGCAGGCGCUUGGUUGACUCAAGAUAGCGCUUUCCCCCACAUCCUCGGCCUUUUCCCCCUGUGCCUCCAUGCAAGAGAGGAGGCAAGGGAGGCUGGGACUGAGUCCGGGCUUUUGCAGAAGCAAAUGGACGGCUGACGUUGCCUGGAGGGGCAGGGGAGGGAAAUGUGUGAAUUUGUGCCAAGCUACAAAUGGCAACCAAACUCUUUAAGACCACCCUGCUGUGCACUCCUUGAGUCCUCUAAAGGGCAGAGCAGACUCUGUGUGUGUGUGGCCUGGGGGGGAGGAGUUGGGAAGGUCCUCCUGCCUAUCAGAGUUGGCAUGCUUUGCCUCUGUGUGGACGGGGUUGGUGGCAAGAGCCACUGCUUCUCCAAAGAGUGGUGGAAGGGAGGACUUGAACAGAUGGUUCAGAAGCAGUGUGUUGCUGUGGAACGGUCCGGAUCCUGCCGUGGGCUGGGUUGGACCAAGAACUUCCCAAGAGUUGAUGUGGACGUAAGAAGCGAAGCUGGCUCUGCGAGAUGUGGAGAGCUCUGUUCCUUCAUUUUAGCUGGGGGGGGGAGAGGUAACCCCCUCCACAUGGCCAUCUAGCUAGCUCUGUGCAGAUGUGAAGUGGGGGACCGCCCAGGAAGGGAGGGACACGGGUGUGCCUGCUCCGUACUGCAGUGCAGGGUUUCCCCUUCAUUGCCAAAGCAUCACUGCAGCGGGUGGCCUAGAAGUGGCUGAAAGAGCCUCCUCCCAGCCUUGUGCUCUCCGGAGGGCUACAACUCCCGUCAGCCCAAGCGUCACGCUGCAGGGCACCAGCUGGGGGAAGGCCGUUCUGUAGGACGUGAGCUGAUGAGGUAUGGAAGCGCAUCGACCAAAGAGGCGGGGUUGUCGCUGGGACUGCUGAGCGGUGGGGGGGAUUGCUCUCCGGCGGUCCCUCGGGAAGGGGGGCUGGGUUGGGGGACAGGAGAAGCAGCAGAAGCACUUUACAAACGACACCCCUCCCCCAAAGCAAUGGGAGGUCUGCUUUCCCGUCCCCUGUUCUACCUUGGAUGUCGUAUGGCUGUUGUGCUCCCUGUCUGUCGAAUUAGCCUGCGUGCGCCGGGGCCGGCUUGGGGUCUCCAGCCCCUGGGCGUAGGCCUUCAGGAGCACCUCUGGGCGGCACCUGCUCAGUGGAGGAGCCACUCAGGACUCUGCAACUUACUCUGCUUGGAGAAGGAGCCCCACUGGUGAGGGAGGAGUCUGUGCCUUACGCCCUCAGAUCGCUGCUUUGUUAACCGGCCCUGGUUGGAAGUGGUGUUGGUGGGGGGCAUGGUUGACUGCACAUAAACUGGCCAGGGGCUUCAGGGUUAGGGUAUGGCACAGUCGGGUUGAAGAAGGGAGUGGAGGACGCUGGUGAGCCCAGAAGCAGUGGGGGCUCCAAGGGCACCUGUCUGUUCCAGACUGCCAUUGCGGAGGAAAGGCAUGAAAGCCGCCAGCCUGCCCUGCAAGGGCUCCUCUGCUGAGACUGGCUCUUUGCCUUCAGCCACUGUGGGUCUGGCCAAGCCUGAGAUCAACUAGACCAGCUGGUGCCAACCUGCUGCCCUUCAGAUGUUGGCCUACAACUCCCAUCAGUCCCGGCCACUGGUCCCAGCAACACGUGGAGGGCACCAGGUUGGUGAAGGCUGGACUUGAUUCUGAUGUGCCAAAAGGAAGAGAAGCUCUGUGUGUCUGGAGGGGGCAAGGCAAGGGGGGGCUCUGUGCCCAGUGACGGAUGGAGGGAGAGAUGGGGCCACGAGGCCACCUGGGAGCCCAAAGAUGCGAUUGGGGCACCUUGUGUGUCUGUGUCUGCUGUCGGUGCCUUUUCUUUGGCCAGGGGUUAGGUAGGGGAGCAGUGUGAAGGGAAAGAGUGAUCAUACGCAAACACUUCUGCGGCUGCGUUUGAGUGAAAAAGGGAACCCCAGGGGACCUGAUUGGUGGAUGUCCCUCAUCCAGUGUUAGGCCGAGCCUGGCACAGAGCAGCGGGGUGGGCCUCUGUAAGUUCAUUCAACAUUUGGGGGUGGUUUGCUUCCAUCUCAAGACUCUGCUGUGUGGUCAGUGUCCUGUCUUCAGCUUAGAUGCUUAAGUGUGUUUGGGGGGAAAUGUACCCUGGAUGCCAAGAUGUGUCUGGGAGGGUUUUUUUGGCAGUCUGGGGAUGCAACCCUUCCCCAAUCGACAAGAGGAAAACUGGCCUCUGUAUCGGUCUGCGUCCUGGCCUGAGUAAGGGAUACCUGUCCACCCCCCAGCCUGCCCCAGAGGCUGGCGAGGACCUUGGGUCAACUCCGGCAAUGGAAAGGUCAGCUCCUCCUCCUGAGGGUCACUUCUCUAGGCUUUUGCACCAGAUGACACUUGUGAACUGAACCCCCCAGAGCAAGCAUGGAAUAAGCUCCAUUGGGAGAAAGUGGUUCUUUCUCCUGAGUAAACACAUUGGCAAUGCACUGUCAAACUCUUGAGGUUUUUAGAGCAGCUGUUUGUGGCAGGCCUAGGUGUAGGGCAACCCCGUGGCAGGUUGCAGGUAGAGAGAGAGAGAGAGAGAGAGGCUCUGCUUGCGCCUGAUGAGCCUCUGGAACCAUUGCCUUUAAAUGCCAAGUGAGUUUGCCAGCUAUGCUGGAACUGCUGCUGCUCUGUGGGGCCUCUCCAGGAAGCCAGGCAGCUUUGGGUCCUGGGGCUGCGGCUCCCCGCUUGGGGAGGGAAGGAAAGAGCAAUUGGGAUUGUGUGAGGGAGGGGGAGGAGUGGUGGCCGAGACUGUUUUUGGUCCUGUAUUGUCCAGUUGUUGUCAUGACUUCAGCUUAGUGUGCUCCACAGCAUGGAAACCCAAAUUUAGGGUGGGGGUGGGUGGGUGGGAACGGAGCAUAUAAAGCAGAUUUGCACAGACGUGCUUACUUUGCAUUGUCCUGGUUGCAUGCUAAAACACCACCAAGGGGUUGUUUGGAGAAGGGCGGGACGUGCGCUGCCAGGGAGCCAGGACUCGGCAGAGACAGGAGGAACAGGCUGAGGCCGGCUCUCCCUGCCUAACCGCUGGCAGCCUCCCUUGAGUCUUCCCCAGCUUCUGCUCGCUCAAGCUGCUUCGAUGAGUGCUCGGAACAGGCCUUUGAUUUAUACUCUGUGUCUGUGUGUGCACAGAGCAAAGCUGUUCAGCUUGGGGAGCCUGCAGACAUUCGGGAAGGCCCUGCCGAGUCCUCUGCGUCGCUGUUUGGUGCCUCCCCCGGUGUCAGACUUGAGGCCUGUUUAGAAGCAGAGGAGAGGGUGCUUGAUUGUGAUAGUGACCCCCUCCCCUCCUUGGACCUUGGAGUGGACCACUUAAGAACUUGGCGUCCCAUUCAUCUUCCUUUGGAGACAGCUGUGGCUAUCGGAACCCCAGAUGGGAGGUGGGAUGGGCCAGACUCUUGUGCCCCAGUGAAAUGCUGUUGUCGGGGGACCUGCAUGUGUCUUGCUUUGCAGGAAGGAGUCUUCUCCCCACCCUUCUUGCCAUGCAUUUUUGCUUACUCCCCCCCCCUUGCUUGAGUCACCUCUGGAGGAGUGCUCUGUCCUACAGAUAAAGCUUUCUGAAAUGCACUUGUUCUCUGCUUGUAGUCCAGAUUAGGUAGGUGAUACUUAGGGCCCUGACGGGUGGAACAAUCUUGCCUUGAUGGCUGGUUGUUUGGACUUUGCUGAGUUUCUGGCCCUUCCUAGCUUUUCUGUUCUCCCCCUCAGCAAUAGCUAGUUGAUGGUGAAAGAGUGUGUGUGUGUGUGAGUGAGAGAGGGAGGGAGGGAGGGAGGGAGGGGGCAAAAUGGUUAGUUACUGGAGUGAUGUCCCUUUAUGUCUCUUCCCUUCUCUCAGUGAAGUCUGCUGGUCCAAGCAACUGCCAGUGGCCUCUUUGCCCUCUUACAAGAAAUGGGAGUUGAACUUGGAGCACCAGGAAUCAGCCUAGGAGUGACCGUGGCGCUGUACACCUUGGUCCUUCUGUGGCAACUUCUUGGCUGUUGUCUGUUGAAGGGUUGGCUGUGAAGGUGCCACUCCCCCCCCCCGAUAGCUGUGUUAUAGGCAGAAAGGUAAUAGACGAAACUUUUAUCAUCACAUGCUGGAAAAAGCUACACCUGCUAAACUGCCUGUCGUGGGCCUGUUAACUGAGCUUUUGUCAGGAGUAAAGGUGGCAUCUGGCAUGGGCAAGUGUGCCAUUCCUUGGUUACUCAGCGCUCAGCAUCCACCUACGUCCCUCACUGAGCCGGAAGAUCUGAGGAUUCGGUAUACAGAAAAUGCACCCAUUCUUCAAUAGUGUUAUUGGAAGAUAAGGACGGUCUUUGUUAGGUCAAACUGGUGCUCCCUUCAAUCUGUCCUGUAGUUUGACUGACAAGAUGGACUUGAGGUGACGGUUGGUCAGGUGGAAUCCCUGGGAGGAAGAGCGUAAGGCCAUUGGAUGGUAUGAGCCACCCAGUUCUAAAUCCAGCCUCUAAAGGUUUAGAUUAGAAGCUCCCAUUUGGCACAUGCCUCCGUCACACAUUUAAACCAGCUUGGAACCUGUUUAACUGCCAUUGCACCCAAGUAUGAACCCCUGGGAAUGAUACACCGUGGCCCCCAUCUGAUUACGUAUAACAAAGACCCAUUGAAGGAAGUUUAGCUGUGACCAAUCUGCUCCAUUGUUUUUAUUGGGACUUAACAACUAAGGCUGAAAUUGCCCGUAACAAAAGCUAGGUAACGGGAAAGUUGAGUUAAGGUAAAAAUGUAUAAAAAAAAUACAAAGCUUGUAUUACUAUGAAAUUAAUGUCUCAUAUAUAGGUACACAAUCACAGGAAUAUAAAUCCUUAUCAGGUCAAACAUGUUUUGACAAAAGCUUCCUAAGUGGUGGCCUUAUUAAAAAACAUAACAUUGCAAUUCCAUAUACUUUGAUGUCUGAUUUGCAGGUACUUCAAGAAGGUGAACAAAACACUUUCAUAUGCAAAGGGGUCCCAAAUAAACACUUGAUAGUACCCCAGUGUGGCUCAGUGGAGGCCUUUGACAUUUCAAAACUUCUCAGAUGAAGGAUUCUGGAAAUAUUUGACUAAGGGAAGUCUAAUUUGUGGUACUGUCAAGUGUUUAUUCAGGACUCUUUGAAGAUCGUUCUGUUCCCUUUAUGUAAUUGCAAACCAGAAAUCAAAGCCUAUUGAACUAAGAUGUUAGAUUUUUAACAAAACCAUUGAGGAAGACUUUGUUGAAAUGUAUUUGGCCUUUUAAGGAUUAACAGCAGUGUGCUUAUAUGUGAUACACAUUUAAUUAAAAUGAAAAAAUCUAUUUCUUUAUACUUUAUUGUAACUCAGUUUUUUCCCCAGCUCAUUGGGACUUAAUCAUGGCUAACUUUAGCUGGAUCCAGAUUGUUGGUUCUGUGAAGGGACGAGGCUUCUGAAACUGAGCUCUCAGCACCUCCACAAAAAAUUCAGUUCUUGAGGAUUCCCGUGUGCAAGAACUCAACAGUGGUUAAACCAGUUUCAAACAGGCUUAAAAUGCAUAGCUCAUUUGUAGCUCCCUGUAGGUGGUGAGCUUGCCCUUCAUUUUCUGUGAACUGGAUGGGGGCUAGGCAGAAACAAAAGGGCUGAGAUGCUGAGAGGAAGAAGGUGUGUCUCCCUGAGCUAUGGUCUAAGCACGGGGGAAAGGUCUCAGUCUCUUCUUUCCACUCUGGAGCUUGGAGUUAGAGCCUCAUGCCUCACGUCCUCUUGCCCUGAAAGUUUACAGUUGAGUGCAGGGGUCCGCAGCAGGUGAAGCCACAAAGUUGAGUAGGACUGAAGAAUAUAAUUGCUUUGCUGGAUCAGACCGAGUCCCAACACUCUGUCUUGGGUAGAGGCUAAUCAGUGGUUUUCGCUGGCCAUCUGGGCAUGAUGGUGAAUGGCCAGCCUCUGUUGUGCACUGCAACCCACCCGCCUCUGUUGUGCACUGCAACCCACCCACCUCCGCCAGCAUCUGUUCCCGCCUCUGCACUUGGACUGUCCAUUUAGUCGAAUCUGUCCUCCAUUAAUUUGUCUAAGCCUUUUGAUAAAAAGACAUCUAUGUUAGUGGCCAUCGCAGCAUCCUAUGCUAUUGCAAUGAAACACAUGAGUGAAUAAUCCAUUGUGUGCUGAGAUAUUUUUGUUCAUCCUGGACCUACUGCCAGCUAGUUCCAUUGGAGUUGCUUUGAUCCAUCAGGAUAUGAGCUGGACAACUGGGGGGUUGGGAGAUCCCUGCCCCCCAUCAUGAUGCUUUGUAGCCUGGAGAGAGAGAAGGUUUGUAUCUGUCAAGGUUUGGUGUCUUCAAGGACAGUCCCAGGCAGGCAGCUGCUGAUGGAACGAGGUUGCAGGCUGGGCAGCCAGAUUGGAGAGAUUAUUGGACCCACCAGUGUCAGCGAGUGGAAAGCUCUUCUGUGGUGUUGCCAGGAGACCUCCAAGCACUGCCCUGUGCCUGCACCCCUCUUUCCUCUGCCUCUUUCAUGAGCUGCCUCCUUUAAGACAUGUUGGUAAUUUCAUCCCCAUUAACCCAGACUGGCCCCUUAGGGCUAUUCCAGAUGUAUUAUUAUAAUAAUUAUUAUGUUUUAUUGUUAUUUUCUGAGCUAUGUUUGUUUGCAAUAAAGGCUUUCUUACAGUUG